AUGGCAAAUCAUUCGACAAGUGCGACAGUUUCAUUCCUCCUCGCUAUUAUUGUCAUUGGUAUUAGUCAAGUUCUAAAAAAUGAUUUAGCAACGACGAAAACUGGAACGUUAGUCGCGGGUGCACUGGGUUCAUUAAUUUUUGUGUUUUUGCUUACCGCUCUUUCAAACUUACAAAUGGCUUCAAUUGGUGAACAAGUGAAAUCUGGACUAAGCGAGGCAUCAAUAUGCUUAGUCAUUGCCUUGAUUGUUUCCGCAUCUGUUCAUCGAGUCGCAAUUACAGUAAGAAAAGUUAUUCAGUUUCUAACCGUCACAUGA